CCGGUGUUUGGGUUUCCGGUUCUGCUCUUUUCCCAUUCAUGCAAAGGACUUCAUGGCGAUACUAAAAAUUUUUGCAAACUGAAGUGCCAAAUUGUGGCCUCCGGUUUGUUUCCCCCGUAGCUGUAAACAGCGGUUUAACCGAAAAUCAGUGUAACUUGUUACGUCUUGUUCACAGGGUGUGAGUGGAUCACGCCGAGCAGAGCAGCAGUGUUAUUACAAGAAGAGUCAAAAUGGCGUCUGGUAGUCGAGUGUACAGCCGUUUAAUCCAUCUGUGAUUAACGUUAGCCUCAAAACUAGAGUCAGCAACCUGUGACUUUUUUCUAGUGCUUCAGUUUUCGGAUACAGUCGGAGCACAUUUUACCGUCAUGUCGGACUCGGAGGAGGACAGCCAGGACAGGCAGCUUAAAAUAGUAGUGAUUGGAGACGGUGCGUGUGGGAAGACAUCACUCACCACCAGGUUUGCACAGGAGGCCUUUGGGAAGCAGUACAAACAAACCAUUGGCCUGGAUUUCUUUCUGAAGAGAAUAACCCUUCCAGGCAAUUUGAACGUGACCCUGCAGGUGUGGGACAUUGGAGGCCAAACAUUAGGAGGGAAAAUGCUGGAUAAAUAUGUAUACGGAGCUCAUGGGCUUCUCCUGGUUUACGAUAUCACCAACUACCAGAGCUUUGAGAACCUGGAGGAUUGGUUCAGCAUGGUGAAGAAGGCCAACGAGGAAUCUGAUAUCCAGCCUGUUGUCUCCCUGGUUGGGAACAAAAUUGACCUGGAGCACAUGAGGACAGUGAAGGCUGACAAACAUCAGCGUUUCUGCCAAGAGAACGGCCUCAUCAGUCAGUUUGUAUCGGCCAAGUCGGGGGACUCGGUGUACCUUUGUUUCCAGAGAGUGGCUGCUGAGAUUCUUGGUGUAAAGUUAAACAAAGCAGAAAUAGAGCAGUCCCAGCGUGUGGUGAAGGCAGACAUUGUGAACUACAGUCAGGACACCGUGGCCAGGACAGUCAACCCCCCUCGCAGCUCCAUGAUCUUUGGGGUGACUGGAUGAAAUGUGAGUGUGUUCUCUGUAUUCCUGCGUGUCAGUUGUACGGGUGAGUUGAAGAACAGACUGUGGCCCUGGCCUGUAGUUUGGAUAUUUAGCAGGAAUGAUUUAUUUGUGGGUUCACCAAAAACAAACGGGACCUCCAAUUUUUUUCAAGUUUACACGUGGCUCUCAUUUGACUUCUAUGAUUCAUCUUAAUUUUUAAAAAAGUGAUUACUUGAUUUAUGUGUUAGUAUGAAGCUGGUUGUUUAAAGAAGAAGGACAACUAUGGUAAUCAUUCACUCUGGUAAUUGAAAAUAUUUUUAUAUACAAGUACAUUUUCCUCUGCCAUUGCUAUUAGGGGCAUUUGUUUCAAUGAUUAGAUAUGCUGCAGUAUAUUUCUAACAACAACAACACCUGAAAGCUGUUGCUACAACUGCAAAGUGGAUUUGUUGGAAGAGUUAAUGGGACAUAAACUGGGAGGUUAAACCAAAUGCCCUCUUAUACAAUGUUUUUUGUGAUGUUCUUUUGUCUGUGGUGCUCUUCAGUUGAACAGGAGGGAAAUAGGCAUUCAAAUGCUGUAGUGGACUGAAAUGAAUCUCUUGUUUUCAAUUUGCCAAUUAGGGGCUUGCACUAGUAGUGCUGUGACGUGAACUGUGUACUGUUAUUUUACAUAGAAAUAUUUAAAUUUUACAAUCACAAUUUACAUUUUAUAUUCUUUUUUCUUCAGAUUAUAUCCUCCCAAAAAAAUACAUCUCUUACAUAGUAUCUUUGUUCUCCAGAUGUUUUUUUGUAUAGUCUACUACGCAUUUGAUUAUUUAGCUUUACAUUACCACAUUAUGAGACAUUACUGUUUAGAUACCUUGUUAAUAAAGUGUUGAUAAAGCUAGACGAAUAUGACUCAGGAAGUACCUGAGUGUGAAGCUGAACAUGAGCUGAGCUGAAAUGUGCAGCAUUUUAGUAGAGGUCUCUACAUAGCCUUAUUCAACUGUCCGUUAUAGAACAGAAAAUUGCAUUGAAGAUUGGCUAUAAGGCAUGAAAUGCUUCACAGGAUCUUCAUUUUGAUCACAUUUUAAUAGCCUGCUUGACAGUAUGUGUAUUGUUAGAGACAGCUGGGAUAUUGUAUGUUUAACAAGUCAAAGUAGCUUCUACAUGAUAGUAGAUGUAUGCAUGAUGGAAUUUAAUGAGGUGUCCGCCUAAUGAAAUAUCCGCCAUUUGUGUAAAAAUAUGUUUGUACAAUAAAAUCAAACCGCUGCUUCAUUUCAAAGCUUCUGUCAUUAAUUAGAAAUGAUCAGAACUCAUCCUGUAAAUUCUGAUCACGUAAACAAAAUGUACGCUUUAAAAAAACAUUAAGAAUGUACAGUUUAAAGUCAGUGUUUAGUUGACGUCAUAAACAGACACAGUUUUAUGAUUCUCAAUAAAAAUGCAACAUGGAAAACA